AUGGGGAAAAGCAACCAUUUAAGCGAUUUAGUAAAAAAUGUUCAAUUUUUUGUUACGACAUGUAGAGAAAAAAAUAAGAAAUUGAUGAGCAUGAGUAGUCUUGAUUUAUCAGAUGAUGAAAUAUAUACAACUACAAUGAAUCUUCUAGAAGAUAAAAAAUAUGGGGAUAAAGAUGAUAAGGGUAAUUAUAUUGAAAAUAAUAGUAGUAAAGAAUUUUCAGAUGAAUUAAUGUAUGGUAUGUAUAAAAAAUAUUCUACUACCUUUAAUAAACAAUUUAAAAAAACGUAUACUCAGGAUGAUCAUUAUAGGAAAUUGUUAAAUACUUUUGAAAAGGAUAAGAUAACGAAGUCUGUCGAUCUUAAAGGAAAGAACAAUAAUGUAGAAAGUAUGUUUGAUAGAGCAAUCGGAAUGGAUAAUGAACAGGUAGUUUCGGAAAUGAAUAGUAGUAACCGUAAUGGUAGUAGUAUCCAUAAUGGUAGUAGUAUCCAUAAUGGUAGUAGUAUCCAUAAUGGUAGUAGUAGCCACCAUAAUGGUAGUAGUCAUAACAGUAGCUGUAGUUUAAGACUAGAAAGGAUGAAAGAAAAAAUGAAACAAAAAAAAAUAGAUGAUAUGAAAAAUGAAAUGAGAGAAUACGAUAUACAUUUAUUGAAACUAUAUAAUAAAUUAGAAAGUAAUGAAAGAAAAAGUAAAUUGCUAAAUAAAGGGAAGAACGUAUCUUCCCAAAAAAUAAAUAGUAAGAUGAAUAAUACAAAUAAUGUUAUAAAAUAUAAAGAGAAAAAAAGAAAACAUCCUAAGAUAAGGCUGGAUACAUAUAAUUCAGAAAUUUUAAAGAUGAAAAGUGAUAUAAUAUUAAGAAGAAAUAGUACAAUCACAAAUAAAAUAUAUAAGAAGAGUUAUAAGAAUAAAACAGAAAAGAAAGAUCAUACUAUUCAUAUUAAUAGUAAUGAUAAUAUGGAUGUAACUUAUAAUUGGAGGCAAAAAAAAAAAAAAAAAAAAAAUGAUGAUGAUGUUGAAUCUCAAAGCAGUAAAGUUAAUCAAACCAAAACAAAAAAAAAUCCAAAAGAAAAAGAAAAAGAAAAAAAAAAAAAAAAAAAAUUCAAAUGUAAAAAUAAAAGCAAUAUAACAAAAAUGGAAGAAAAAAAUGCAGGAGAAAAUAGUCAAAUAAAAUAUUCUUUUUCAGAAAAUAUGAGAAAAAAAAGUUCGAAAAAUUCAUUUUUUUCUCUUGGGAGUAAAAGGAUGUCUAGGUUUUAUGGUACUACAUCUUCUUCAAAAAAGACACUAGAUGAAUAUGAAAACACGUUUUUUGACGAAACAUUAUUAUUAAAUAGAUUAAAUAAAAAAAAAAACGAUGGAAUAUAUGACAUUGGUUGUAUGUACAUGAAUAAUGAAGACGUGAGUGUUAAAGGUUCCAAAGAUUUGUUUGAUAGUAUUAAAAAAAAAAAAAAAAUGGAAAAGGUGGGAAAAAUGGAAAAAAUGGCAAAAAUGGAAAAAGUGGAAAAAAUGGAAAAAAUGUCAAAAAAAACAAAAAAUUUAGAAAGGACAAGUGCGAAAGAAUUUAACGACCAUGUUAGUGGUAUUAUUCCAAAUAGUAAGAAUAAAAAUCAUAUGAUAAAUAUUUAUAAUAAAAAUAAUAUGAUAAAUAUAUAUAAUACUAAUAGUAUGGUAAAUAGUUACAAUAAUGUGGUAAAUACUUAUAACAAUGUAGUUAAAAAUAAUUACUAUAAUAUGAAUAGAUCGAAAAUGUUGAAGCAUGAAUUUAGUACAUUUAAUGAUAAUACAGAAAAUCUAGAUGAUUACAAAAAUAUGAUAAACAGUUUAAAAGGCAAAGAAGAAAAAAAUAAGAAAAGAAAUAAUUCUUAUAUUGAUAAUAUUAUAAAAAUAAUAAAUUGUUUGGUUGAUGAAUAUGUCCCAAAAUUGAUUGAUAGAUAUGAAUAUUAUGUAAAUACCUUAGAUGAAAAAAAUAAAUUAUUAAAAAUAAAAAUAAAAGAUUCUUUAGAUUUUGGAGAUAUACAAUAUGAGGAGAUACGUGAGUUAAAAUCUCAGUUAAUUCAAAAAAAUAAUAAAAAUAAAAAAUUAAAUGAUACAAUAGAUAUGUUAAAAGAUAAGUUAGCAUAUAUGAACGAAUUGGAAUCUAAAAAUUUUGAAUACCUCGAUGAAAUUGUUAUGUUAAGAAAUCGAGUAACUUAUUUAGAAAAAAUAAUUGAAGAAAAUGAUCAAUCCAAAGAAUCUGUAGAAAUUAAAAAAAUACGUAGAAAUUUAAGAAAUAUAUAUAAAAAGAUGAAAAGUGAAAUGAGAUAUAUAGUAAAUUUUAAAUAUAAAAAUGAUAAACGAUAUAAAAAGAAGAAAAACAGAUUCUCUCUGUAUAAAUGGUUGUCAAUAAAUGAUAAGGUGGAACAAUAUUAUAUGCAAUAUAAAAAGGAUGAAAGUAAUAAGAAAGAAAAGAAUAUAGGUAAUGUGUGUUAUUUGAAGGAAGGCCAAGGGAACAAAGAGAUAGUAGAUGAUGAUAUGUUAUCUUGUGUGGAAGAAAAAAGGGAUGACCUGACAAACAUAAACAAUAAAAAUGGUGGAAAUGGUGAAAAUGUUGAAAAUGUUGAAAAUGAUCAAAAUGUUGAAAAUGAUCAAAAUGUUGAAAAUGAUCAAAAUGUUGAAAAUAAUAAUAUGGAAAAGAAUUAUAAACGAUUUGAUAAACAAGUGGAUACAAGCGAUUUGUUAUAUUAUCAUGAUAAUAUACCACUUGAAAAAUGUGAGGAAGCGAAGAAAAUAUCCUGUAAUGUUUUAGAAAACAAGAUGAAAGAUAUUACACAAAAUAAUGUUAAACUAAAUCAAGAUGCUAAUGAUAUCAAGUUGAAUCAUACAAAGCUGGGUACAUUCUUAUUACCAACAGUACAAUUAUGUAAUAGUAGUAGUUUGAUUAUACCUAUGGAAGAUAUUAAAAAAAAUAAUACUUUACAAAAUAGAGAUGAUAAAAUAAAAAAUAAAAUUAAGUAUCCUAUUCAAAGAGAUUCUUUAGUCCCUUUGUGUUCAUCACAUCCCAUUCCACUCGAAAGUUAUCCAUAUUAUCAUUAUUAUUAUAGUAAUGUACAUACAAAGAAGGAACCAAAAAUAGAUAUAAAUAUAAAUGUGGAUAACAACAUGUGUAAUAAUAUUGCUUGUUGUAUUAAAGGGAGAGCAAGAGGUGAAGAAGAAGGUGAAGAAGAAGGAAGAGGGAGAGUGAGAAAAAAAAAGAACGUAAGAAAAUUCUUUAGUAUAACUGUUCCAAAGGAACAUGUUCUAAGAAAAAAAAAAAAAAAAUAUAUUUAUAAUAAUGAAAUCAUGAAUGAUAAUAAAAUUAUUAUGACAAAAAAUUGUCAAUUAAAAGAUAUGUUUAAGAAAGAGGAAUAUAAAGAAAGAAAAAUAAAUUGUCCUUAUAAAUAUUAUGAGAACAAAAGAAAGCGAGAUUUUUUAUUUUUCAUAAACGCAUUAAGAAGGAAUGAUAUAUUAAGUUAUAAUAAAAAAUGUAAAGAUAUUUAUUAUAAUCACCAGCUUGCUCUUGAUAAAAAAUGUUUAGAUAUAAGUAACGAUUUAAAGAGAAGACGUUUUUAUAAGAAAUGUGUGGAUCUCAGUAUGAUUAAAGGUAAAUAUGAUAAUAAAGUAAGCGAUAAUUAUAUAUAUCAUGGUAGAGCAGAUUGUAAUGAUGAUAUACAUUUGGAAGGAAAGCAUAAAUAUAACAAUAUAAAUUACAACAAUAAUAAUAAUAAUAAUGGUAAUCAUAAUGGUAAUAAUAAUGAUAAUCAUAAUAAUAAUUAUUUUAAUAAUUAUUAUAAUAAUGGUUAUCGUAGGACACAAGCUAACGUUCGUUCUGCAUUACCCUUGAAUAUUAUACCCCAUGAAAAGGUCCAGAUAAACGAAAAAAUAAAAAAAAAGAGAAAUAAUAACAAUAGCAUUUGUCGUUUUAUAUCUUUUGAUUACUGUUGUAAUAUAAAUAAUAUGUCAAAGAAAAAAAAACGUAGCGUUUCUUGGGAAAGCACAAGAAGUAGUAGUCAUGAAGGUGAAGAGCGAAUGAAAGGCGGACGAGAUUAUAGCAAUAUAUUAUUUUUUAAAAAAUAUGAUGAAAAGGAUGAAGAUACAUUUGUGCACAAUAAUUAUAGUUAUGCAUAUAAUUCUUGUGAAGAAGUGGAUAUGACCAACACAAAUUAUAAAAAUAAUAAUAAAAAAAAAAUAAAAUAUAACAAUAAUGAUGAUAAUAAUGAUAAUGGUGAUAAUGAUGAUGAUAAUAAUAAUGAUAAUAAUGAUAAUAAUAAUAAUUAUAUAUAUAAAAUGAUUGCUAAUCGUGUGGAUGAGAACCCAUUAUUAUUUAGCAACAAUAUUGUUCUUCCUAAUCCUUUCUUACCAUAUGUAAAAGAUCAAAACAAAAAAGAAGCACAUACCACAUUACAAACACAAACACAAACACAAUGGAAUGUUAAGGAACCUUUCGACUGUACAGAUAAAAAUACAUAUCGCUAUUACAAUUUAUUUCAUCAGUAUUUAGAUAUAAAUAGAAAGAAUUACAAAAGGAUAAAUGCAUAUUUGCUUAAUAACUUUGCAUACACAUCUGAUAUACCUAGAGGUUGA